AUGAAUAGUAUAGGCGAAGAGUGUACAGAAUUAAAGAAAAAAUACGAUGAUUGCUUUAAUUCAUGGUUUUCUGAGCGUUUCCUAAAAGGAGAUCACGAUGAUUCUGUAUGCUCGAGCAUUUUUAAAGUUUACCAAGAAUGUGUUAAGAAUGCUAUGAAGCAACAGAAUAUUGAUUUUAAAGAUAUUGAUAAAGACGUUUUGGGUACUGAUAAUGAGUUUAAAGUCCCACCAUCAGAUAACAACAGUUGA